GCUUCGGAGGAAAGACAAGCUGGAACACUCCCAGCAGAAGUGCAUCGUGAUCUUUGCCUUGGUCUGCUGCUUCGCCAUCCUAGUUGCAUUGAUAUUUUCAGCCGUGGACAUUGUGGGAGAGGAUGAAGAUGGACUCUCAGAAAAAAAUUGUCAAAAUAAAUGUCGAAUUGCCCUGGUGGAAAAUAUUCCUGAAGGCCUUAACUAUUCAGAAAAUGCACCAUUUCACUUAUCACUUUUCCAAGGCUGGAUGAACUUACUCAACAUGGCCAAAAAGUCUGUUGACAUAGUAUCUUCCCAUUGGGAUCUCAACCACACUCAUCCAUCAGCAUGUCAGGGUCAGCGUCUUUUUGAAAAGUUGCUACAAUUGACCUCUCAAGAUAUUGAAAUCAAGCUAGUAAGUGAUGUAACAGCUGACUCAAAGGUAUUAGAAGCCUUGAAAUUAAAGGGGGCCGAGGUGACAUACAUGAACAUGACCGCAUACAACAAGGGCCGGCUGCAGUCCUCCUUCUGGAUUGUGGACAAACAGCACGUUUAUAUCGGCAGUGCCGGUUUGGACUGGCAGUCUCUGGGACAGAUGAAAGAACUCGGUGUCAUCUUCUACAACUGCAGCUGUCUGGUCCUAGAUUUACAAAGGAUAUUUGCUUUAUAUAGUUCAUUAAAAUUCAAGAGCAGAGUACCUCAGACCUGGUCCAAGAGACUCUAUGGAGUCUACGACAAUGAAAAGAAAUUGCAGCUUCAGUUGAAUGAGACCAAAUCCCAAGCAUUUGUGUCGAAUUCUCCCAAACUCUUUUGCCCUAAAAACAGAAGCUUUGACAUAGAUGCCAUCUACAGUGUGAUAGACGAUGCCAAGCAAUACGUGUACAUUGCUGUCAUGGACUACCUGCCGAUCUCCAGUACAAGCACCAAGAGGACAUACUGGCCCGACUUGGAUGGAAAAAUAAGAGAAGCAUUAGUUUUACGAAGCGUUAAAGUUCGACUCCUUAUAAGCUUCUGGAAGAAAACUGAUCCCCUCACAUUUAACUUUAUUUCCUCUCUUAAAGCUAUUUGCACUGAAAUAGCCAACUGCAGUUUGAAAGUUAAAUUUUUUGAUCUGGAAAGAGAAAAUGCUUGUGCUGCAAAGGAACAAAAGAAUCACACCUUUCCUAAAUUAAAUCGCAACAAAUACAUGGUGACAGAUGGAGCAGCUUAUAUUGGAAAUUUUGACUGGGUUGGGAAUGAUUUUACCCAGAAUGCUGGCACCGGCCUUGUUAUCAACCAGGCAGAUGUGAGGAACAACAGAAGCAUCAUUAAGCAACUUAAAGAUGUGUUUGAAAGGGACUGGUACUCCCCUUAUGCCAAAACCUUACAGCCAACUAAGCAGCCAAACUGCUCAAGCUUGUUCAAACUCAAACCCCCCUCCAACAAAACUGCCAGCUACAACACAAGUGGGAAGGAGCCCUUGAGCAUACAAUGAGAGUGAACAAACUGACCUAACAGCUCUGAAUUUCAUAUUUAUACCUACAGGACUUGAGGAGCGAAAAACAAUUUAAUAUGUCUUUUUUUUAGGGAAAAAGCACACUUAUGAAAAAUGUUCUCUGAACAUGUCAUAUCUAUCUAACAAUAUCUUAGCUCUGUAUGCACUACGUUUAAGACUUUUGUACUUGUUACUUUAGACUGAGAAUGUCAUCCUGGCUUAGAAGUUAGUUUUUAUGUAUGCAUACAGAUUUUAAAACUUUGAUUCAUGUUUCUUAGCCCUCGCUGGUCUCAGGACCUUUCUGCUGACCUUCCUGGUCAGUUCUUAGGAAGCCUAGCAUGAAGUGAGUGCUUGCUUUAACACCAUGCUGAGAACUACUGGUUUUCGAAGGAAGGUGAGGAUUUUGCCUUGGAGAAGAGGCUGAUAACACCAAGUGUGUCCUUGUUAGCCUUCUCCAAGGCCUGUACAAUCAGCUAAGCAUGACCAGCCUACAUCUCAUGCCAGCCUUCAACACUCUUGAACAAUACCCUUUUCACUUCCUUUUUCAUUUUCUUCCAAUAUCAUGAGGGUUUUUUUCACAUCAUUUUCUCUUUUCAAAAAAUGUUCUUAUAACAUAGCAUCCCUAUAUUCACCUCACCAUUAGUUCCAAGUGAGAUAACGUCUUUUGAUAAUGUCUGAAUUCUUCAGAAUGGAUACAAAGUGGAAAUAGCAGUCUUUUCAACUUUCAACUGCAUUUCCCCCCUACCGAAUAGGUCUUUUCAAACCACAGCCAGCAAUAUGUAUCCUUUCUCUCAAGUUCAGAAAAAUUAUGUAGUUACCUGCUAAUAUCCAGCAAGCUAUUAGUCUGCAUUUUGAGAAUAAAGUAGUUUUUCAUGUUUUUGAUUAGUUUAUGGUAUUUAUAAAGGGAAGGUCUGUAUGUAUCAGUGGAUUUUAAUCUCUUUAGAAUCAUUAUGCUGUUAAGAGUAUGCCAGCAAAUGUUUAUAGAGCUAUUUAAUAUACCUUCUGCUAUUUAAUAUACCAAAUGCUUUUCAGAGAAAUGCAAUUUAAAUACUGUGCUUAACAUAUUUUACUAAGAAACAGAAAUAUUAGAUUAUUGUUCUAUAAUGUCAUUGUGUGUUGUUGUUUUAUAUCUAUACAAUAUAUAACCUACAUAAAUAGAGACUGUGGGAGACAAGAGAAAGGUAUGUCCUGUUCAGAGCCCAAAACAGGUGGCCAGGAUGCCCUGUCCCUGAGGCUCCUGACUGGCUCCAAGUCCCUCACUCUUUGGUCUCCGGUUUUUAUUGGUAAUGUAGAGACAGUAAUACCUACCUCGCAAGGAUUUGUCAUGGUAGGAAAUAUUUAUAACUUUGUUUUGAAAUCAAAAGAACCUAUAUAAAUGCUAAGCAUUAUAAUGUAUACUCUUUUUCUUGAAAUAAUCUUUGUGGUAUACUGAGAGACUUAACACUAGGUCCAAGAACCCAGAAGGGAAAACAGAUCCACAGCUUCUAAUUAUGAAUGUGGACAGAAGACAGACAGCAACACAAAAACCCUAGUGGCAAUCUGGAUUGUUAUAAUUUCAAUGGGACAUUUUACUGGGUUACUUUGGCAUAAAUAACACAAAAUUAGUCAUUGUGUUAGGGAAUCAUUCUUUCAGAAACAGCUUGUACAUGUAUUUUUCAGAAAAAAGAUAAUCUAUCUCAAUCAUUCUUUUUCCUUUCUAGAGAGUUGGUUGUGAAUAUGCCUAAACAGUGAAGAAGGAGCCUAGGAAUCUUACCAGCUGGUUCACUUAAUGUUGGAUGACCUGUGGUUGGUCAUCCAGCGAUCAUGUAACUUUCUUGUUCCCAAAUAUUGUUUCACUGGAUAUUUAGUCAGUCAACAGAGCUGAAACAAAGCUAUUUUUAAAGAUAGCCUGAUUUUAUGACUGGGGAAUUCUCAAUGAAAUUCUUCAUCAAUAACUGCCAGCCCCUAGAAAUCUAUAAAUAUUUACCAUAAACUCAAUCCUUAUUUGAGCUGUUAUCCUGCCAGUCAUCCCAGCAAAGUAAUGGUGGCUUUGGUGAUGAUUUUAAAAAGAAAGAAAAGAGAGUGGAGACAAACCAAGUUCACCCAUGGACAAACAAAAGCAAUCUGUGUGGAAUUUGAAAAGGUCACCUUAAGGGAGAAAAAGCAGUUGAUCCUUUGUUUUGUCUGAUGUAUUUGUCCAUAGUAAUAGAACAAGUAAUACGCUUGGUAUUAAGGGGCCCAUUCAUUAGCACUGUCUUUCACAUGUGGUAGGGAAAAGUGCUUGCCAUCCUUCACAAAAUGACCAUUGUCAUGGUCCAGGAACCAUGUUUCUAGCAUGCACCAGCAGAGGCAGAGCCCUGUUGACAGAACCAACCAGCUCAUCAGGGCACCCUGGGUGGCAGCAGGUGCGAGGUCACUGCUCCAUGGGGGCAGUACUGAUCAAGGAAAUGACUGCUGGACAGAGUCAUCAAUGGGUAUUUGUCUGGCAAAAGAACAUUUCAUGCCAUAGAACUUUCUCUUCCAUCUGGAUGAUUUAUCUAACCACCUACUGGUGGCCUUCCUCUCUUUCAGACUGUGCAAAUAGAUGACCAAGUUCCAUUCCUCCCACUCCCAAAUAUCCCAGGAAUUCUAAAGAGGAAAAGAACAUAAAACAAAACCCCUUUAAGGCCCUGUGAGGAAUGAUCAUACCGAAAAUUAUCAGCAGGAAGGUGGCUCCUAACCUCUAUUUUCCCCCAUAAACAUGCCGUGAACUAUUUCCCAAGGGAAUAAAGGGAAACAAAAUUUGAAACUAUUUUGGAUUUCUGUGUUGCUAACACUUUAUCUAGUGCCUUAUUUAUUCUCAUGUUGAUUUUAAACAGUGAUGUACUAUAUGGGAAUACUUCUGAUAGGCCUGGCAGUUGCAAACAUACGAGCAACCAUUUUUAUGCAGCCUUCUCUCUUCCCAAGCCACAUAGCUUUUUUCACCCUUAAAUCAAAUCAUUGAUAUGCACUGUCAAAUAUCAGUACUCUUGUUCUUCAUGGCCUUGUCACUAGCCACUACUAUAUCAAAUAAUUGAAUCAUAGCUUAUCAAACCAUUGGAGAGAAGUGGGACAUGACAUACUGAUAUUAUAUCUCUGUUCUGCAAAUGCCAUGCUUUUAAUGCAUGAAAAAUUAUACAAGUGAGGUACACUGUCUUUAAAGAGCCUUGUAAAGUGAUGUUUCGUGAACUUCCAAGAUCCCGUGGGAUACAGAAAGAAAACUAAUGUCUUCAACAAAGAAACAAAAGGUUGGUAGAAAAACUUCCAGGCUGUAUAGCUCUGGGCACCACUUUUCCCAUUUGGGCUGAGUCUGUGCUAUUGUUUGUCACACAUCUGAUUUGGAUUUUAGUGAGAUGAGUCAGACCUCAUUUAUGGUUGAUCUUACUCUUUGCAAAAUUUGUUUUGCUAAUGCAAUUCCUGGUUUGUUAACAGUGCCCCAACAAACUUGGAACUGACAAAAGCUCAUUUCCCACAAGCCUAUAGCUAUUCUCAAGUGACUUCUAUUGAAUCUAAGUUAUUGUUCCAUUUCAGAAAAUUUUAUUGAACUAAAUUCCAGGAGAAAACAAAUAUAGAGACUAACAGUUUCUUGAUAAGAUCAGAACCAGGGCCCAUCUGUGUCACGAAUUCUACUCUAGAAUUCCCCCUUUUGUUUUCUCAUGUAUGACCAUUUGUGUGCAUUCCUAUGUCUAAAAUUCAGUCCAUCGUGUUUAAUAUUUACGAAUGUCUCAAACUGCCUGUACUUGCACUAGAGCAGAGUCAUCUCCUGCAAUGGAAAGUACUUUCUAAUUGCUUAUUCAAACUCAUCCCUAUAAAUAAUGGAAAAAUAUGAAUUCUUUUUUUCCUAUACUUGUUCCCAAUGACCUUCUGCCUUUUGUUAUAAAUGGUUUAAAGGAGAAAUUAAUGUAUCUGCCAUAUGGCCUAUGGUAGAUUAGAUAAAUCUAUUCAUAUUUAAUAUUUUGUCAUUUGCUAUAAACAAGCACCUUUGCUUUUCUUUUUAUAUGUUAUUAACCAAAUAGCAAUUUACCAAUUUUACUUUAUUGACUAAACUUUGUGGAGGCUUUUUAAUGGUGCUGAAGUCAACUUCAGCUCACAGCUACCUUUCCCACUCAAAAGAAUUCCCAUCUUUAGCUGAAUUAUGAAGUUGUUUGUUUUAAUGGAGACUAAAUAGGUUUCUUUAGAAAUUUCUUGAAACUGUAAAAACUGAAUUUUCUUAUUUUUGACCCAUUAUCAGUCUUGUCCUUACAAAAUUCUAAAAGUUCGCUGAUCUCUUAUGCUUCUGUUGGUAUUUUUUGACAAAAAGUAGGGUGGGAUUUAAUAGGAAAGGAUACAUUUUCUUUUACUAAACUUCUAAUGCUGUUACAAAGGGUAUCUUGAAUUUUUAAUAUUCCUUCAUGUAAAUAGGAUAAACUUGUUCCUGGAAAUAGCUAUAAAAAAUGCAUGUGAUCACAGGCUGAAUUUGGGGGGAUUAUUAAAACUGUCAAAACUUUUGUAUAACCAAGUUCUCAGUUUUUCCAGAAGUAAGUAUUAUAUGGCUUUUUCCUACUGUGAAAUGAGGCAUUCCUUUUUCUCCUUAGCUUGAUCUCAGAUACAAACCAGUCUCUCAUUGAUAACCAAGCCAUAUUCUGACAAAGAAUAAGGAAAAUGCAGUAGUCCCUGUGAGCUCCAGGCCAAUUAUUUUGUAUAUUCACAAAAGGACGCAUCUUUGUGACAGUAUUCUUAUCUCUAUUUAAAAAUUACUCCUAAUAUAUAUUGAUUGAGUGAAUAAGUACUUGUGUUUAGUGAAAAAAGAAACAGUGGUAGAAACCACACUGCACUGUGGGUCCUGGGAUAGAAAACACAUUUGUGAACCAGAGUUCAGCUACCUCUGUUUGCCCACAAUGCUAUUCUUUCUCUGCCUAAAUCCAUAAUCAAAUACACAUGAUGUCUUCAACACCUCCACACUGAAUCUCAGGUUUGGAGCUCACCUUGGCAGCCAUCUUAACCAACUUAUCCAAAUGCACAAAUUCCCUUCCCAUCUGGCCACUCGAAAGUGGGGACUUACUCAAGGUAAACAGUUUGGAAUGCUUAGUACAGUGCCUUUCAGAAGACCCACCGAGGGUAAAAUUUUACUAAUUUUCUAGGAAAGUUGGAUUUGAGGCAAAGUUAUACCUUGAAAGAAUAUGCAUAGUGCAUGCUUAAGGUGAGUAAGAGGUAUAAUUUACUUUUUAAAAAAUGAUCAUUUGAGAGCUUAGCAAAGUCUUUGUAGACUUUCUGAAUCUGCAGUAGUCAAUAUAAUCCAUAACUUGAUUUUAUCAGCAGCUUCUAAAUCCUACGAUUCUGUGUUUUUGUUGGGCUAAUAAUUUGAUGAGAGACAGUAAGAGUGAAGAUUGUCAUUUAUUUCUCUUUUUUUUAAACUUUUAUUUAAUGAAUAUAAAUUUCCAAAGUGCAGCUUAUGGAUUACAAUGGCUUCCCCCCCCAUUACGUCCCUCCCACCCACAA